AUGCGUGGCAUCCACUCGUACAAAAUCCCACGAAGGCACCGAAAGCGAUCCACUCUUUAUUGCCGUUUUGUCAGAAAGAGUGGUAGACCAAUAAUAUUUGAGGAGAGGGUGUGUGAUAAGGUUGAUUUCGGUAAAAAUGCCCAUUUAUCGAUCUCUGAAUAUCUGUCUUCCUCAAUGACUCCACCUAUUUGCAAAGCCCCGCCAUUGCACAUUACCAUGCUCUCCAAGAUCUUCCGUUCUUCAAUACCACAGAGACGUCUGAAAAGCCUUGGCCUUACAAUCGUCCCGAGCGUUUUAUCUUUUAAUGGCUUUGACAGGAACCAUGAAAAUGAACUUGAAACUGAAAUCGAAACCGGUCCUGAAAUACCUUCAAUUCUUGAUGGGAUAGCCGCCAUGGUUGGCCGGCACGUUCUGCUUGGUAACAAGAUCAACCCUGCUGAGAAUAACCACAGCAACAGUGGCGAUCAGUCUGGUUUCGUCUCGGUGUCACAACGUUUCGGGUCUAACAAAAGAGACCAGGGCAGUACGGUUUCAGUGCAGAAAAUCUACAGGGGAGUGAGAAAGAGGUGGUCAGCGGAGAUACGUGACCGUAUUGGGCGGUGCAGGCACUGGCUAGGCACGUUCGACACGGCGGAGGAAGCUGCGCGUGCUUAA